AUGCACGACUCUCGCGACGGCCUUUUGGCGCAUCCAGCUAAGCAGCAGAGAAACCUGGUCCUCGCGACGAAGACCUGGCCGGGCGGGGAGUUGCCGUACGCCUUCGACCGCGGCUUCACGGAGGAGGAGAAGCAGAAGAUCGAGCGCGCCAUCCAGGCCUUGCAGCGCGAGACCUGCGUCCGCUUCGUCAGGCGCACCAACCAGAGGAACUACAUCAACGUCAAGAACUCUGGCCUGGGGUGUGCCGCUGAAGUCGGGUACUUCAACAAAGGAUACGCCACUGACCUGCACUUGAGCAGCCCGUCCUGUCUCGCCAAACCCGGGACCAUUCAGCACGAGUUCCUGCACACCCUGGGCUUUUGGCACGAGCACACUCGUCCCGACCGGGACAAAUACGUCAGCAUCAUCUGGAAGAACAUAGCUAAAGGAAAAGAAGACAACUUCCUGGCGCGUCCCCCGGAAGAAGUCCAGACCGCGGGGGCUCCCUACGACUACGGCAGCGUGAUGCACUACCCGUCGACGGCGUUCUCCAAGGACGGCAUCAGCGCCACCAUCGUCCCUCGCGAGAACAAGGCCUUGUUCUCCAUCGGCCAGCGAGACUCGUACAGCAGAGUGGACCUGGCCAAGCUGAACAGGCUGUACAAGUGCGCCGGCUACCCCCAGAGCUUCUAGGGGUGUACUCCGUGGCAUGACAAAGUUGUCGGCUACUGAGUUCGUUAUCACGUUAUGUAUACGACAAGAGUGCUGCUAUUAAAAAAAUGUUAUAGAUUCAUUUUUGUGACACCUUGGUAACUUUCACAAUAGAAUAAGCUAAUUACGAAUUUUAUAAGUACGGACGAUUUUACGCUAGUUGAUAUAACACCUGACAGUUAACAUUUGUCAAGUAUUCUAAAUCAUCCAAUAUUACACAAAAUCAUUUUUUUAUUAUCACUGAGUGCUAUAAAAAAGAGGAUGUUUAAUCAUUGGUGUGUUGUAUUUAGUCCUUUGCAAC